GGACAGAUGAGCUGCACAGGCAGAAGACGGUAUUCCUUUACUAAACCAAAUCUGCUCUGAGUGAUUUCUCUUCAGUCGAGCUGCAUCAUGAGAACGUUGACUGUGCUCGUUUGCAUCAUGUUGACUUCGACUCGAGCUGCCGCAGAAAGUCGUCUGGUCAAGAGGUCGGCCGCUUGUUCCGGCCGCUGGUCGGAGUUCAACGGUCGCUGUUUCCAGUACAUUCCCAGAUCCCUGAGUUGGGCUCGAGCUGAGAGAAACUGUCAGUCUCUGGGCGGAAACCUGGCGUCUGUCCACAACAUCAUGGAGUACCAGGAGAUUCAGAGGCUGAUAAUGACGGUCAGCUACGAGUACAAAGAAACCUGGAUUGGAGGCUCCGACGCUCAGGAGGAGAACCAGUGGCUCUGGAGCGACGGCACGCCUUUCAUUUAUGUCAACUGGUGUCCUGGAGAGCCGAACGACCACAUGGGCGCGCAGCACUGCCUGAGAAUAAACCACGCAGCUCAGAAGUGCUGGGACGACUUUCAGUGUCACACUCCGAAACCAUCCGUCUGCGCCAAAAAAAUCUGAAGCCUAGAUGAAGCCUCAGUAUCUCAAUUUGCAUCUCUAUCGUAGUUCUAUCGCUGCAACGCAACUUAAGGAAAAAAGCAACGAUGCAACAGAAACAAAUUCAACGGGUUGCUUCUUCUGAAUCUUUAAUGAGACGGAGUUUGGUAUGCCAUGAUCGUUUUUAGCACAGCUUUAUUCUGGAAAUGAAAAUCAUCUGUGUUUGUGCAAGAAUAAAAGACUAAAGCUCUGAAA